AUGGCUAAAUGGAGUCAGCGAAUAUACUUGGAGAGAAAUUUUUGGUGCGCUGGUGAAUUCAAAGUAUCGGUGGUGUAUUGCUUAUCCGAAUUUGAAUUACUCUUCUCUCUGAAUGAUGUUCCGCUUCUCCAACUUUUUUUGGGCAAAACCUCUGUUUCGUCUGGAGGCAAUAGUGGAUUCUCGGAUGUGGUCACCUCUCUCUUUAUCUCUUCCUUUUCCUUUUUCAACUUGUUGAGCUCUUGCAUUAAGAGUUCAGUCUCACUUUCACUAUCAGACUCCUCAUCUUCGCUCUCAUCUGAUAUGCCCCUUUCAGAUUCAGAACUCUGUUCACUGUUAUUUGACCCUUUUGCUGAUAAUGUAUCUUUGCCAUCGCCUUCUUCAUAUUUGGAGCGCUUUCGCGAUUCUUCUAGUUCAGUAACCGCUCUCUUUCCUAGACUUGAAUCAACAUGCUUCCCCACUAUAUCCAGUCUAAGUUUCAUGGAAAGCUGUCCAGGUAGAGCACGCGAGUGUUUGAUGCUAUCUUUGAUUUCAUUUGAGCGACCCCUUUUGCUUUCUAGAGUUGGCCUGUGA